AUGAGAAAGAUAAAUAAAGAGAGCUUGGCAUACAAAUAGUAAAAUUGUGAAAUUUACAACAAAAAUUGUGUCGACCCAGACAGAGUUGCCGCAUACAGGGUGUAUCUAGCAUUUUUCAAUUUAUAACUUCAUUCACAGUUGGGCAUAGGAAUUUCGUUAUCGUUGCAGCCUUCUGAAUAACUGAUUUCCAAUCGUUACUUGGAAUUUGGGAGAAUGCCGGCAUAGGAGUUCCCCAGUUGGGAACAGAGGAGAGAGGACCCGCCAACCGCCGACGCUUGGGAGACGACUAGGAGUGGGGAACGGUCCGAACAGCUGAACAACAGAACAACCGAAGUGCCGAUUGCAGAACAGAGGAUAGACGGACAACGUUGGGAAGGGGUUCAAGUUCUAUUCUGGAAAGACGACAUUGGAAGACGAAGGCUUCUUCUCAGACAGUCAGAUUCUCUAUGGACUCUGAGGAUGAAUAAACGAAGAAUGAAAAUCAUAGAAGAACAUGGAGAGAAUCCCAGCCAUGAAGUGUAAUUUUCUUCAUAUUGUUCUUACACGCAGCUUAAAAUUAGCCUGAUACGGCAUUUCUGGCUGCUGAUGGGCAUCUAAGGUUGACUGUCAAAUCUCUACGUAGAAACUGAGCGCUAUCAGACUUCUUUGCAUGUUGUUUUUGCAGGUGUAUAUAUUUGUGUCAUGGAUGAACAGGAGGAACAUAGAAUCUUAAUGGUGUCCGAUUUUUUCUAUCCUAAUUUUGGUGGAGUGGAGAAUCACAUUUAUUAUCUAUCUCAAUGUCUUAUGAAGCGGGGCCAUAAGGUGGUGGUUAUGACUCAUGCUUAUAAAAACCGCUCUGGAGUGAGAUACAUGACAGGUGGCUUGAAGGUUUACUAUGUUCCAUGGAAGCCUUUUAUCAUGCAGAAUACACUGCCAACUUUUUAUGGCACACUUCCCAUCAUAAGAACUAUUCUUAUGAGGGAAAGAAUAUCAUUAGUUCAUGGGCAUCAAGCAUUCUCUACUCUAUGCCAUGAAGCUCUAAUGCAUGCACGUACCAUGGGAUACAAAGUUGUUUUCACUGAUCAUUCUCUUUAUGGAUUUGCUGAUGUGGGAAGCAUUCACAUGAACAAGGUAUUGCAGUUUACUCUGGCUGAUGUAACACAGGCUAUUUGUGUUUCUCACACAAGCAAAGAGAACACAGUCUUGAGAUCAGGUUUACCACCGGAAAAGGUUUAUGUCAUUCCAAAUGCUGUGGACACAGCCAUGUUCAAACCUGCUCCAGAAAAACUCAGCCUUGAGGAAAUUGUUAUAGUUGUGAUAAGUAGAUUGGUUUAUAGGAAGGGGGCAGAUUUGCUGGUUGAGGUUAUCCCUGAAGUAUGCCGUUUGCAUCCCAAUGUUCGCUUCAUUGUUGGAGGGGAUGGACCUAAAAGAGUGCGUUUGGAAGAGAUGAGGGAAAAACACUCUCUCCAAGAUCGAGUUGAGAUGUUGGGAGCUGUCCCACAUGCUAAAGUACAGUCAGUACUAAUUACCGGCCAUAUUUUCUUGAAUAGAAGCAUUUUGUAUAGCUAUAUUAGAAGCCGCAAGUUGUGGAUUGUUGACUGUCAGCACACGUGUUGGGGGAGUUCCAGAAGUUCUUCCAGAUGAUAUGAUUGUUCUUGCAGAGCCAGAUCCUAGUGAUAUGGUACAAGCAAUCACAAAGGCAAUACACAUGAUUCCCCAUAUUGAUCCACUAGUUAUGCACAACCGUAUUAAGAAACUAUAUAGCUGGCAUGAUGUUGCCAAGAGGACAGAGAUUGUGUACGGUCGUGCUCUAAAACACUCAAAUCCUCCUCUACUGGAGCGACUGUCUAGGUACCUCACUUGUGGAGCUUGGGCAGGCAAACUGUUUUACAUAGUUAUGUUAAUUGACUUCUUGCUAUGGCAUCUACUGCGCCUGUGGCAGCCUGACAAUGAGAUUGAGGUGGUACCAGACAUUAACUUGUUGAAACAUCAACAUGGGAAGAUGCCACACGGUUCUAACAAGGAAAACACUUCGAGGUCGAACUCGGCUCAAAGUUAGUUAUAAAAAAUUGUAACCGAUCCAAACUUGUUUGAAAAUCUUCAUUUGCCCAACUUGUUCUCAAUCUCAUUACUAUUCCACGUCUCAAUUAAUUUGUAGACCUGAGUUUUAAUGUGAGGAUAAGAGGAUUCACUUGCUAGCUCUCUUUAUAUCCCCUCCGUGAUAGUAGAAAAUGUAUGGAUUUAAACAUUUCC